CUCUUCUGCUUCACCUCUUCCUCCAGCUUCAUAUGCUGCAAUGCACGAUCCGUUUCCCAUCCCGCCUAUACCAUGGCUCAGCAGGGCAAUCGAGCCCUUCGCUAACCGCUUCAACCUUCCCACCCUGCCUUACCACAUCCAUGAAGUCCUGAUAUCCUUCCUGACCUACACCUUCAUCAACCUCGUCGCCGCGCCCCAGCUCUCGAAGCGCAUCUUCCCUCGCCAGUAUGGCAAGCUGUCGCCCAAACGGAAACUUAAUUGGGACGUCCAUGUGGUUUCGCUGUUCCAGAGCUGCACCAUCAAUGCCCUCGCCUUAUACAUAAUGCUGUGGGAUGAGGAGCGCAAGGCCAUGGACUGGAAACAGCGCAUAUGGGGCUACACUGGAGGUGCGGGCAUGAUCCAGGGCCUUGCUACCGGCUACUUCCUGUGGGACUUGAUGGUCACUCUCCAGAAUGUGAAUCUCUUUGGCUUGGGCAUGCUGGCGCACGCCGUGAGUGCGCUCGUAGUAUUCUCCUUUGGCUUCAGGCCGUUCGUCAACUACUACGGCUGCACCUUCAUCCUCUAUGAGCUCUCGUCGCCGUUCCUGAACUUCCACUGGUUCUUCGACAAGCUCGACAUGACGGGCUCCCGUGCCCAGCUCUACAACGGCAUCAUGCUCCUCGCGACCUUCUUCUGCUGCCGUCUCGUCUGGGGCACUUAUCAGUCCGCGCGCGUGUACCAGGACAUGUGGGCGGCAAUCAACCACAAGCCUGCCGCAUCGGACGUGCACCUAGACGCCGUGAACGGCAACAGCACCACCGUGCCUAUCUACGGCGAUACCAUGAAGUUCGCCGGCGAAGAGUUCGUCCCGCUGUGGCUCGCGUUCAUAUACCUGGGCAGCAACGUCGUCCUCAACACCCUGAACUUUUACUGGUUCGCCAAGAUGGUCGAGACGGUGCGGAAGCGCUUCGAGCCUCCGAAGGAGGACGCCAGGAGGGAGAAGGCCACCGCGACCAUCAGCGCCGGCGCGAAGGGGAAGGUCAUAAUCGAUGUAGAGGGGACCGAGGUCCGGCGGCGCAAGGUCGCGGAGGAGGAGCCCGUCCCCCCGCUCGCGUGACUUGGGGGGG